AUGGAAUCACACUCUGACGAGUUUCCCGGGGCGACAAUCAUGUGGUAUGGCAAAUUCAAAGACAUCAAACGAAUCGACGAACUAGAAGAUUCCUACUGUCGAGGUCUAUUAAAAGGGUUUCAAAAGAACCCCCGAAACCCAAAUGCGAGAAACUCCCCGUCUGAAUUCUCUGCUUUCAGAAGUCCUGAUUGUUACAGUCUUCACGAUUCGAAAGACUGUAUGCAAAGUACAUCUCCACGGAUCGUAGUCCCAUGUCCUACAAGAUCUGGUUCGGAGAAUACAAAGGCCAUGAGAUGAGAAAGAUUUAUGGGAGCAAAAGAUGGGACUACCCCACCCGUUCAAAUAGCGACAUAAAACAUAUGCUUUUGUGGAUCGAGGACUGCUGGUUUGAGUGGAAGGAGUCGCAUCCGGAAAGGAGAGUGGGUACCGAGAGAGCGCAGCACGUAAUCAUGAACCCCGUUGGAGAGAAAUUGGGGCCUUGGACCGAUCGUGAUUAUGAGCAAGACGAGGACCACGAUUCUGAUGAUGGAUUUGUGGUAAAGGACGACGACCCAGAUAUGGUUGAUGGUACCUAUGAAGAGGAAGAGGGGUCUAUCCUUUCAGAGGAUAAGACCGACAAUGGGAGCUCAGAUGAACAUUUCCCUGAUCUGAACACGAUUCUGGCCAAGGGACCCAGAAAAGGCAUAACAGCGACACAGCAAUCCCAUCAGCCCUCUACCAAAUGCGUGAAGAAGACUUUCACUUCCAGCGUAAGCGACAGUGACGAUGCUCUUUUAGUACCACCUCGGUCGAAAGAAGGUUCUCUUGCAAGAAACCCGCCGGACUUGUCAUCGCGAGCUCCUCUCGAGCUGCUUGAGAAUGACAGGUCUAGGGUGAGAAUCGGGACCGCUAAGCGAAAGCGCCCAGAGCGGCUUUCCAGCCAGACCACAUUCGCAGAUGAGAACAUGGUUCCAAUCUCGAAGCGAAGGAAGAAAUCUCGCCAGGCAGAGUAG